AGAGGGGCGGAAGUGGGCGUGGUUUCAUAUCAAGUCAAUCAUGGGUCGCAGCGCGAGCGGCUAAUCACGGGCUGGCCAGGGACAGCCAAUCAGCGGGCGGCCGGCGUGGCAGGCCUGUGGACUAGCGCGUGACUAGAAGACGGCGAGCAGACGAGAUGUGGACAGUCAGGUGUGUCUGCUAAUUGCGGACAGGUACGUGGCCUACAGCAGCGCCUGUCGCACGCAGCGGCACCCGGAGUACACCAACACCUCGCCAACACUGCUGUCACAGUCGCUGACUCGUCAGGUGGCACAAUAUCAGCCACUGCCAGCCGCACCGACCGGCCGCCUCUCCUCCACAGGCCAGUGCCAUCUAAGGUGAAGGUCAGCAUACCUCCACGCCAGGAGAACUGUUUUUAACAGAAAAUUUAGCGAGUGUUGUGUUCUGUUGUAUUUAAUUCCUCGUGACACACACUGACAGACAACUCGCGGACAGGUGUGUCAGGUGUAGAAGUGUUGGACUUCACCUGCAGGCGGGCGGCUGAUGAAAGGAGUAGUGUGUCGAGGAGGAGUCUGUUCGGGUGUGUAGUCUAUACUUUGAGUUCUGUGACAUCAGUUUGGUGAACACCACCUGAUAAUUGUUCCAGAACCGUCCGCACGCAAGCACCGGAGGACGCGUGCUCUAUACGCAAGCCUUCAGGAUGGUGACCGCCAUGCCGUAAAGGACAAGCAGGACUUGCACAUCGAAGCAGGAUACCUUGAGACAGGUUGGCGGAAAAUCAAAGCAGGAUAUUGUUGUACAUUUCUGGUGAAAUAUUUGACUGUUACUGGAGGAACGUUGCUGUGACUACUGCUAUCACCAUGUUUGCACCCACCCUCGCUCUACCCGCACACUACCCACCUGGGUUAACUGAUGUCGGUACAGCGUUAAGUCAGAGGGGGCUGUGUCCCAGUGGCAGGCCCUAUGUGACAGUGACAGGCGCGGGGCGCGCCGUGUGUCUGUGUCAGGUGGGGGGUGUCGGGGGGCCGCUGGGGGCGCACGGCUCGUCUCCCACGCCUGCUUUGUGUGCUCAGCUGUCCCCUUUCUCCACAGCCCAGGUGACAGGCAAGGAGUCGCCUUCUACCCGAACCAUACCACUGGGUGGCCCCUACACUGCCGCAGCUCUUGCCUAUCAUCCCUACCUGUACGCGGGGCUGGAUGCGGGUGGUGUACGGAAGGCGGCGGUGAGGGAGACGACGGGGCCCCUCAAGGCCUGGCUGCACGAGCACCGCAAGAACCCCUACCCCACCAAGGCGGAGAAGAUCAUGCUGGCCAUCAUCACCCAGAUGACACUCACACAGGUGUCCACGUGGUUCGCUAACGCUCGGCGACGCUUGAAGAAAGAAAAUCGAGGUCAAUGGGAGGGUGGCCCUGAUCAGGACAAGCACAUGUCGAGUGACGUAGACGAUGACCUGGACAACGACAACGACGACAAAGUCAUCAGCUCUGACGAUGAGCGACGAUCUGCGGGCAAAGAUCUCACAAGGAGAAGCCAUUAUGACGAUCUGUCAGACGUGUCUGUGGAUGGUGAUGACGAUGAUCAUCCCACAGUCCAGAGAACUGCACCAAUCAGUGUACAGCCUCCAGCCUCGCACACCGUGUGUCCACCCGUGACGUCAGUGCCGGCACCUGUGACGUCACCUGGCCUGGAGCCUGCGGUGGCUGCCAGCAGCAAGGACAACAGCCAGGCCAGUCCGGGCGCCAAGCCACGCAUCUGGUCCAUCUCCGCCAUCAUUGGUCUUGAAGAUAAACAGACAGAAAAGGCCGACGAUGAUGAGGUCAGAGGCGCUAGUGCGGGGUCAGAGGUCAGAAACACGACCCCAAGUGUCAAGCCUUAAACAGAGUGGUCCCUCCUUCCUCUCCCCAUAGAACUGGGCCUUCCCUGACUAGCUUGUGUGGAAAAUACAUUAGUCAAAUAACCGACGAAAGUGCAGCGAGUCGGAAAGUCUUGUGAGCGACAUAAUAGGAACAAUACAAGAGAGAGAGAGAAGAGAGAGCGAGAUAGAGAGAGGAAAGAAAGAGAUUGCAGGUGUGUGUGCGCGAGAGAGAUAUGUGAUUCCGUUGCCAUCGUUGUCACAGAGAUGGCUGGGAUGCUUCAGUUUACAGGGUUUACAUUGUAGCAGACUUCUAUUUCUAUUGGUUCAAAUAUUUUUCUCUACUCAUCAUUGGUCAUUGCAUGCACUGUUCCGACUUCCGGCCGUUGCAAAUGAUGGCGGAAGCUAGGUGGCUGUACUGUGAUAAUUUCUGUGGAGGGACAGAGCUCUGUACACAUAACUGACCGAGUGGCCAGCUAGUUCCACUGUGCCACUUCAACACUGGUGUCACAGAAGACGUUGGACAUGCGAUGAAAAUCUUUACAAAAUCUUCAAAGCCGGGAGGAAUCUCUGUGAUGGGGCCUGAGUCCACUCCUGACCCCUAUGGACCCCUAUCACUCCCUGUCAAACAGCAUUUUAAAAAUGUCUGGCAUCUCAUGUGCGUCCAUUCCUUUUCUUAAGUUUUAGAUGAAAAUAAAUUACAGUUAGUUUAACUGAAUUUUAAAAAAGUUAAACAUUUGUCAUUGUCAGCAACAAUUGAGGUUGUAUUUCAAACAGCAAAGAAGGGAAUGGGCAGCGCUUGUCAUGACUGUCAUGACAAGUACCUCUGGCACAUCAACUGCCACUGACUGGCGUGUCUGUGACUGACAUUUCCCAAUUUCUUUUUAAUGGAUGAUGUGCUGUAGAGAGCUGACUGUCCCUAGACAUGUUGGUAGUUAGAAUGUCAGCUGUGAGUUGGAAAGUUAGUCCAGUCCAGCAGCCGUUACAUCAUCCGGUGUAUUCUUGUAAUGAAUCAUCGCAGUCCCUGGAGGUGAACUAAGUUACACUUGAUUACUAAGUAGUGAAAAGUAUUGCGUGUUCAUUGUGUCCUGCUACUGACCAAGUUAUGAGAUAUCGGGUGGAUGGGAAAGGGAUUUUUGAUCUCAUCACCGGCUCACUGGACAAGAAACAUUAGGGGGACUGUGAGCAGCACUCACUGGCUGUACGAGAAACGAACCUCUGGCUCCUGCUGUUCGUGACAUCCUCGCACCUGAACUAAACAUCAGGUUUUCGGAGGCGGUCAUUGAAAAUGACUAACCCGUGCGAGAACUGGGUUCACUACUCAAAUGUUUGGAUAUUUGUGCACGUGCUUGCGGGUAUUCGUGCAAAUACACGCGUGUGUCUAUGUGUGAGUAGUUCUGCACGAGCAGUACUACAGUGGUUUCAUGUAGUUAUGAUGACCAACUCUAUGUUGCUCAAAAGCUAUUUAUAGACAAUAAACUCGGUAAACUCAUUCCUCUAGUUUACAGUUUGCUCACGAAAAUAAAUGUGUUCUUCUGUGUCAUUUA